UACGAAAUGUGUUCAUCGAUCGAUUCUCACUUAGUCUGACCACUGAUUUCGAGCAGUCCGAAUCUAAAUUAUUAUUUUGAAACAGGAUGAUUUUGCGAUAAUGGCUUGUAAUGAUGACUGGCAGGUAGCAGCGCGCCGCAAAGGAGCUGCUAGAAAAGGAAAACACGCUUCAAACCUCAAACUAGACUCACUCCAGUUGUCUGACUGCAAACCGGACAAGCAGAAGAUAAUAAAUGCCAUGAAUGAACUGAAAGGAGAAAACUUCUGGAUGGAGUGGAAAGAUCUCCUCUCCGAGCGACUUCUAUCCGGUGCUCCUGGUUCCUCGGAGCAGAUUGGAGAAGUUUUUCUUCAGCACUGUGUGUGUUAUGGUUUGGGUCACUUUGCUUCUUGUGUAUCUGCCCGGUAUCAGCUUGCAAUGUUGUUACUGCUUCUAGAGACACUGCAGAUCCCAGUGGGCAGUUGUUCUGUGUAUGAUCCUGUGUUUUCUGCGUCAGAGUGUGAUGUACUCAAGGAGCUGGGCUUCACCGUGUUGACCGAAAAUGAGGAGGGAAAGCGAGCGGUUUAUCAACCCACCCUGUUUUACCUGAUGCAUUGUGGGAAGGCUCUGUAUAACAACCUGCUGUGGAGAAACUGGACGCCUCAGACAUUGCCAAAAAUUAUUAUAAUUGGCAACAGUUUUCAUGGCAUUCGAGAGAGGAUGCUUCAGAGAGAGUUUGAGAGAGACUGCAGCUUUCUUUCAAAUGUGUUGUGUGUGUGUGACGAGACGUCUCUGCCCUGCUCCCCGCGAUUCCUGGAUGUCUUCAAUGACACAGCACUCAUUCAGUUCCCUCUGGAAAAUCUGAAUAAACUCCCAGAAUGCAUUUGGACCGAGCCUUCAGAGCCACUGUACCAACACUGCCAAGAUCUCGAGAUCAUUCAGAAAGAGAAAAGGAGCUGAAAAUAUCACAGCCUUAAAAAUGUUGUCAGAAAAAUCAGUUUCUUGUAUACGUUGUUUUUUAUUCUAAUAAUAAAUAUAGUUUUGUCUUUUUUAA